AUGCCGUCCUCAGUCCGAGUUCUUCCCCCUGGUGUUGGAUCUUCCGAGCAUAGUCAAUUCUUUGAUGAGCUUGCAAAGAUCGUCGGCGGUGAGAACAUCUCCCGGGAUGCAUCAGCAGGCGCCUUGACUGGGCCUCACCAGCAAAACAGCUACGGCGAUCCAUACUCCUUGGUCGAUCAGGAUCAGCACACCCCUAGUGGUGCGGUUCGCCCGGCGUCUGUAGAAGAAGUACAGCAGGUUCUACGACUGGCAAACCGAUUCAAGGUUCCCUUGUGGACGGUAUCCCGCGGUAGGAACCUUGGCUAUGGCGGCUCGGCACCUGUCGUGGCUGGCAGCGUGGUCCUCGACUUGCAUCGAAUGAACCGCGUGUUGGAGGUCAGCGGGAAAGAUGCGUACGCCAUUGUCGAGCCAGGCGUCUCCUUCUUUGACCUUUACGAAGAGAUUAAACGGCGCGAUCUCCCGCUGUGGCCAUCUACCGCCGCGAUCGGAUGGGGAUCUGUCCUGGGCAACACGCUGGACCACGGCUUCGGCUAUACUCCUGGUGGCGUGCACACAGAUAUGCAGUGCGGCAUGGAGGUUGUUCUUCCAACAGGAGAUCUGGUUCGGACUGGAAUGGGUGCUAUGACUGACAGCGUCGUGACGAAGCUGGGUAUUCACAUUUCCCCGGCACCUGAGGCGUACACCGCUUGUGACCUGAGCGUGCCAAACGAGGAAGAUCUCCCCCAGUUCAUCGAGCUUCUCGCGGAUCUCCAAAGGCGAGGCGUAAUCACCAACCACCCCUCCGUUUCCAACGUUUUCCGCCAGGCCAUCCUGUCCCCGGACCCUGCCUGUACAGAGAAAAUGGCACCUUAUUUCGGUCCCAACAAGAGAGUCCCGGACAGCGUUCUGGACGAGCUGAAGUCGACUUACGGCUGGGGAUUCUGGAGAGCCGAGUUCGGUAUUCAAGGUGACGCCGAUGUAGUCCCAGCCCUGGAGAGUUCACUGCGUCGCGCCAUCACAAAGAUUCCUGGAGCUCGGCUUGAAGUCAGGAAGUUUGGUGGCACCCCGGGCAGGUUCCUUCGAGGAGAAGAAGUCGAAACCCCCGGCAUUCCCCACAAUGGCGUGCCGACAUUGACGGCCAUGACUCUGAUGGACUACCGCAUGGCACCCGGAAGCGGACACGGCGACUUCGCUCCCAUUCUCCCUACCUCGGGCCCGGCAUUGCUCGAAUGGUGGCUAGAAGCUAAAAAGAUGGUCGCUGAAGCAAAUCUUGACCUCUUCGCCGAUUUCCACGUUUGGUCUCGGUACAUCAUCCCCAUCGUCAUGGUAGUAUACGCGCCCGAGGAGAAGGACCGCGUAAAGACACUCGUCCAGAACCUGAUCAACGAUGCUGCCCGUCGUGGACUGACUACGUAUCGCACUCACGUGGAGUACAUGGACCAGAUCAGGAGUCACUUCUCAUUCAAUGAUCACGCCCACGCAAAGCUUGUUGAUAGCUUCAAGGCCACUUUGGAUCCUAACGACAUUUUAUCACCUGGCAAGUCGGGUAUCAAGGGAACUGUGAGGAAAUCCUAA